AUUUAAAGUUGAUAUUUUUCAGAUUUAAUAUAAUGGCAUCGGGAGGGAGCAGUUUGACUCAGUGGCGUCUCUGGGUACAGCUACGGGACUACAUUGUCCGCACUACACGUGCUUUGGCAGCCUUUCAAAGAGACCUUCCUCAAGUGCUUAAAAGCAUUCAAGGUUCGUUGCAAGCUGGAACAGAGGCCAAUCCUAAACCAGAGGUGAAUAAAUUUGAAAGUGAUAAUGAAAACAAGAAAGAAAUUACCUUGAAACCUGUAGACAUGAACACUGAGAACUUAUCUGAACUGCAGAGAGCACUAAAAACCGUUAAUACUUAUAUUCCAUUGUAUUUCUCACAAGUUCGCUUAAAUUUUUCGAAAAACGAGGACCCUAAGGGCUCACAAAAAAAUAUACCAAAGUGGAAAGUAAAAAAGAAUGUCAUUUCAAAGGCAACCAUCGAUGCACGAACACGGUUUUUAGUCAGUGGUCUUGGUGACCACUUAACUGAGGGAGGACGCUUGAGGAAGCUUGAAGAACUGUGUAACCACCUUAGACAACACCCACAGACUAAAGGAGUUGCUGUUAAG